GGUGUUUUUAUUAUUUCUAGCCCUGUAAAGGACAAAGUUGUUGUCAAUGACAGAUGGGGUUCUAACUGUAAAUGCAAACAUGGUGGCUACCUGACAUGCAAUGACCAUUACAAUCCAGGUGUCUUACAGAAACGAAAAUGGGAGGAUUGUACGACUGUUGAUCGGGGCUCAUGGGGAUAUCGUAGAAAUGUAGAUCUAUCAAGUUACUUGACAAUGGAUGAUAUAACAGAUACAUUGGCAGAGGUUGUCAGUUGUGGUGGUAAUAUGUUAUUGAAUGUCGGACCAACCCAUGAUGGUAGAAUUAUACCCAUAUUUGAAGAGCGCCUUCGCCAAACGGGAGAUUGGUUGAAAGUUAACGGUGAAGCCAUUUACUCCAGCAAGCCCUGGACAUCACAGAAUGACACAGUGACGAAGGGCAUUUGGUUCACCAGUAAGCCAGUAAAUGGAGAAGUGGUUGUAUACGCCAUAGUUUUAAACUGGCCAAGCUCAAAUUACCUGGUACUGGGUACUCCAGUCACAUCACCCAAGACCACAGUCAACAUGCUGGGAUAUUCACCACCAUUACUAUGGAAACAAACUGCUACCGCCGGGAUGAACAUCACUAUGCCGAAUCUGAGCGUGAACGCAAUGCCAUGCAAAUGGGCAUGGGUACUAAAACUCACCAAUGUUGUAUAAUGUCAACGCACUCUUUGAUUAGUCCAAGUUUAGUUUUGAAACUGAAGCUUAUUAUUAGGAGUGUAAAGAUUGUCGUUUUACAAAAUCCAAUACACAGGCUAUAGUAGUAUGAUUACAUGCACCACACUUGAAAUCAAUGAAAUGAAUCACAGUUGGUAACAAAAUCCUGCGGAAAUUUAGCCACUGAUAUCAUUUUCACAAUUGAGUCAUGUGGAUUUACAGCAAAGUGAAAUCAUGUAUUAACAAGGCAUACAUUAUACUUUCUAUGUAAGGCCAGACUUUUAGUAUCCGUUGUUUCGCGAACCCGUCGAAUGAACAGGAGCCGAAAAUGAAAUGAAAUUUUAUUUAUUUCCAAGUUGCAUUUUCGUUGGAGUAUCAUGAUCAAAGUACCGAAGUCUCGAGCAGAUGAGAAACAAGGUUAUACAGGGAAUAACAUUUUAUUUCUUCUUUCUGAUCUCACAAUUCUUUGAGAAUCACACAAAUCUAAUGGGAAAGAAAGAAUAAAUUUUUUUUUCCCCCGCCCUCCUCAAAAAAAUUGCCUUAUAAAAACUCAAGAAACAAGGAAUAAAAAAAAGUCUGGCCUAACUUCAUGUAAUUAAAGUGAGGGAGUCGUCGCCUGCGCAUGCGUCAGAUGGCCGAUAGCGUGUCAUUGUUUACAAACAAGCGUCUACCCAUGAGCCUUUGCGGUUUUAGCGUGUGUUAUCAUCAUCGCCGCCGCUGCUUGGGACUCAAUUCCUGCGUGCAGGUGACAACCCUCCCGCUUUAAUAAUUUUGCGCCAAUAUAAUGCUAACUAUAUAUAGAGAACGCACCAAAAUACAUUUUUUAAGAGCAUCUUACCAAUUUCCCUGUAAAAUAACCUUCACCUUAUAUUCAAAGGUAUACUCACCAAGUGGCCUAGCUACUGUAGAUGUAUAUUAUAUAUGUUGGGGUAACAAUUCCAAGAAAGAGCACACCGCAUUAAAGUGACAUAAUUAAAUUUAUUUUAAAUGGAGGUGAUAUAGAGUUAUAUUCAGAUUUAUUCUGUGAAUUUGUAAAACUGUCAUUUAUAUACAAUCGUAGAUACACAUUAAUAAAUUGUCAAUUUAGUUAUGAUGUUCGAA